GCUGUGUGGGGUUUCUCUUCUACUGCUGCUGUGUGCAGCCUGGAGUCAGGCUGCCCCCGUGUCCAUCUCCAGCUCGGAGACGGCUGCACCUGAAGAUGAUCAAACCUUUGCUGAGAACUACCUGGAGCGUUUCUUCGGAGAUGUCGGGACUUCGAACACAACAAUGAGGAGUGUAACAAACCAUUCUUUCCAAGACACCCUGGAGGCGAUGCAGUCGUUCUAUGGCCUGGAGGUGACGGGCAGUCUGGAUAACAACACCAUUGAGGUGAUGAAGGCGCCAAGAUGUGGUGUCUCUGACAUCAGCAGAUACGGCCACUUUCAAGGACGGCCGAGGUGGGAGAAACAACUAGUUACCUACAGGAUAACGCUUUACACCCGCGACAUGAGUCACAGAGAAGUGGACGUCACCAUUGCCCAGGCCUUCAAACUGUACAGUGAUGUCAUUCCUCUGGACUUCAAACAGAUUACCAGUGGUCAAGCGGACAUCAUGAUCCUCUUUAAAGGCAGAUAUCAUGGGGACUUCUGGCCUUUUGAUGGGCGUGGAGGUGUCCUGGCUCACGCCAACUCUCCUGGUCAGCGGGAAGGUGGUGACACCCAUUUUGAUGAAGAUGAGCCUUGGACUCUGACCUCACGAGGAGUGAACCUGCUGCUGGUGGCUGCUCAUGAGUUUGGUCAUGCUCUGGGACUGGACCACUCCAGGGACCGAACGGCCCUCAUGUUCCCCACCUAUCAGUAUGUCAACACUUACGGAUACAAGCUGCCCGAUGAUGACCGGCGAGGGGUUCAGAGUUUGUAUGGUGUUCGGAGAGGUUCCAUUCCUGACCCUAAACCCCCUCCUGGUCCUGGUCCUAAACCAAAGCCUGACCCAAAGCCUGACCCAAAGCCUGACCCAGAGCCAGAGCCAGCUCCUGGGCCCAACCCUAAAGAUGAACAAUGCAGCCGCAGUCUAGUGUUUGAUGCUGCUACCUCAAUCCAUGGAGAUCUCUAUUUCUUCAAGAAUGGAUACUACUGGAGGAAAAGUACAAUGUUGAGAGGAAUUCAAUUAACCAAAGUGCAGACAACCUGGCCCCAGAUCAGCUAUGUGGACGCCGCCGUUGAAGUCCCUCUGAGUGCAGCAUUCCUCUUCCAAGGCAACAAGUACUGGGGAAUCAAGCUACAUGACAGGAGCAUUUUGCCAGGUUAUCCAAAAACACUAAGCAGCUUGGGUCUCCCCUCGACUGUGAGCAAGCUAGACGCUGCUGUGUACGAGCCCAACACAAAGACCACUUUCUUCUUUGUGGGAAGACAGUAUUGGAGCUAUGACAACAGAAGAAGCCAAAUGAACUCCGGAUAUCCAAAGUCUAUAUCUCUUGGCUUCCCUGGGAUAGGAUCCAGAGUGGAUGCAGCGUUUGAGAAUUUUGGCUAUCUUUACUUCUCCAAUGGCCCAAGACAGGUGGAGUACAACUACUACUACAGAAGAGUGGCGCGCACCCUCCUCAACUAUGGGUGGCUCAACUGCUACUAG